UAUUAUAUUGUCAGUACAGCGUCGUCUGCAAGAUUCUCUUUGCAGUCAUGGCGGUCUCUAGGAAAACACGUGGGAAAAGCAUAAAUGCUCCCAGGAAUAAAAUCGAAAAUGCUGUCAAUAAGAUGACACCCGAGAUUUAUUUCGCCCGGAAGUUGGCUUCUAACGAGAAGAAAAUUCGUGACAGAUCGCUCAAGAAAUUGAGGCGAUGGAUUGCAGCACGAUCAGCAGUCCCUGACGCAUUUUCUGAGGAUGAACUUAUGAAAUUGUGGAAGGGACUCUUUUACUGCAUGUGGAUGUCCGACAAACCCUUGAUCCAGGAAGAUCUCGCUGAAACCAUUUCUGAGCUUGUGCAUUCUAUUAUUGAUCGUAAGACAGGCUUGAAAUUCAUUACAGUUGCACUUAAAACUAUGGCCAACCAUUGGUCUGGCAUUGACACUUGGAGGAUGGAUAAGUUUUUAAUGUUUGUCAGGAGAAUUGUUCGCCAUAGUCUAGAGUACCUCGACAAUGGAGAGUGGAAAGAGGAAGAAGUAGAUGCUUUCUCACAAAUUAUAUCAGAUGUCGUCAUGAAUGCAAAUGAAUGUACAGCAGAACUGAAAGUUCCACUAGGUUUACAGUUGCAUUUAGUAAAUUUGUUUCCAGAAGAGUUAGCCAAGGCUGGUGGUGAAGAACUAAAGGCUUCAACCAUCUCAAAAAUGAUUGAACCAUUUGCUAAAUGUCUUGCCAAAAGCAAUGACUAUAGAUUGAAAAAAGAUAUCCAUCAGUUUAUUUUCACCUACUUGAUCAAACAAAGUGAUGAAGCAUUAGAAUAUGAGGAACAAGGCCUUGACAAACAAGCCAUCAUCUCUAUGAGUGAUGCCAAAGCCAACAGGAAAAAGGCUAUGAAGAAAGCAAAAAGAAAUCAAGUGGUUGUCCAAGAAAAAGAAGAGGAAGAGGUUGAGGAAGAAAAAGAAGAGGAGGAGGUUGAGGAAGAAAAAGAAGAUAACGAUGAAAAUGUCGAGGAAACCAAUGAAGGUGGUGAAACCGAAGACGAAGAAGAAGAGGUUCUUGGGGAUGACGACAUGGAGAUGGAAGAAUCAAAUUUGGAUUGGGGAGCGAAGGAUCCCAGAGCCGGGGGCGUCGACGCUAUUAUUCCUCAGAUCAAACCAGAUUACAAUCAAAUAGCAGACAUGCUUUUCCAAAUGGCAUCAGAAAAAUCGGUUCGCAGCAAAAAUCGGAAAGCCAUUUAUGAUAUUGUUAAAAAGUUUCGUGACUUGGCAACCGGAAUUUAUCCCUUGGCGGUCAAUUUCCCUACCGUUGGGCCAGGUCUGACCCCUAGGUCUAUGAAGUCAGCUGCCAAACAGUUCAUUAAAGAUGAACUGGCAAUGACUGCACAGAGAGAGGCUGAUAAGCUGGAGAUGAAGAAAUCGUCUAAAGCAAGUAGAAAGCUCCGUGCAACCGAAACGGACAUCUCUGACGAAUUAUUGGAGGAUGUUUUCGAAGGAGAAGACGAUGGUGCAGUAGUUGGUGAAGAAGGCAGCGAUUUCGCUGAUCUUGAUGAUGAGGAUGACGAGGAUAGUGACGACAACUUGGACGAUUCUGACGGUGAGGAAGACAUUUCUGACGAGGACGAUGAAGUGUCAGAUGAAGACGACGACGACGACGACAUCUCAGACGAAGACGACGAAGAUGAAGAAAACAUGUCAGAUGAUGAAGAUGCCACGCUGGACGAAGAAGAGGAGGAAGAGGAGAAAGUAGUUGUUGCUCCCAGACCGAUUGCAAAGGUUGUUCCAAGAGUGAAAAAACCAGCGACUUUCGAAGUUGAAAACAAUUGGGAAGAAGAAGACGCACCUGCCCCUGCCUCUAUGCAACAGCUAAAACAGAAACUUAAGGCCGGUAAAAGACCAAAAAAUUCUGGCUGGAGCGAGUCCCUUACAAAAGGGGAAACAGAGAUCGUGAUUCCCAAUAAGAAAUUUAAAGGAUCUGUCAAAUUACAGCCUGCUCAAACACCAGAAGCAGCUACUCCUGAAAAUCCUAAAUUGAAUACAUCCAACAACAGCGGAAACCGACGAGUGAAUUUCGUGCUCAACAAAAAUACAGCCCAAGAACCGAAAGACUACCAAGAGUCUCUACGAAAGAGCCCAGGAGUUCCACACGAUCCCGAUCGUCAACCCAGUGGUGGUGGUGUGUUGAAACGAAACGAUUCUGCUCGUACAAAAGCGGCCUCUGCGUCCUCUCCCGUUGCUCGUAAACCCCAGCGCGGUGGCCGUGCUGGAAGACCGUUGUCUAGAUUUUGAUAAGUUUUUUUUUUUCACAAAACUUCACACAGUUGACUCACUUCGAAGCCUUGGCAUCAUAACUCCCCUGUCACCGUUGGACUCUCAUAGCUGGAAGUCUAUUCCAAAUAAACUUGACAAAUGACAAUGCAGUUGACGGUAAAUUGUAUUAUUUUACCAUUGCAAUCCAAAACUGCCGGAUAAGUUAUCCAUUUGAUUGGCUAUUGCUGUAAGUGGAAUUUGAAUAAAAGGUGUUUGAUACGCUUAUCAGAACGGAA